UUCCCUAAUUCGGAGCGUGAAAGAGCAGAUAGCAAAAUAGAAAGAAAGAUAAGGGCAUUUCCCACCACUGAGAGCGAGAUUAAUCAUUUUCAGUUGCCGAUCUACUCUCGCUCCCUCUCUCUCGCCGCCGAUCCAAAAUGUCCGGUCGCCACGAGAAAGAGAAGGGCGUCAAUGUUCAGGUUCUCCUUCGUUGCAGGCCGUUUAGCGACGAAGAGUUGCGGAGCAAUGCGCCGCAGGUUAUUACGUGCAAUGAGUACAGUAGAGAAGUGGCUGUGUCACAAAACAUUGCCGGGAAGCAUCUCGACAGGGUUUUCACUUUCGAUAAGGUUUUUGGUCCUUCUGCUCAGCAAAGAGAUCUUUAUGAACAAGCAGUGAUUCCUAUAGUGAAUGAAGUCCUAGAAGGCUUCAACUGUACCAUAUUUGCAUAUGGUCAAACUGGUACAGGGAAAACUUACACGAUGGAAGGUGAAUCGAAGAGGUCAAAGAGUGGGCCAAAUGGAGAAUUGCCUCAAGAAGCUGGAGUUAUACCUAGGGCCGUUAAGCAGAUAUUUGAUACUCUUGAGAGCCAGAAUGCCGAAUAUAGUGUAAAAGUUACAUUCUUGGAACUGUACAAUGAGGAGAUCACUGAUUUGCUUGCCCCUGAGGAAAUUCAAAGAGUUGCUUUGGAGGAUAAGCAAAAAAAGCAGUUGCCUCUGAUGGAGGAUGGGAAAGGUGGAGUUCUUGUUAGAGGUCUGGAGGAAGAAAUUGUUGCAAGUGCUAAUGAGAUUUUUUCUCUUCUUGAAAGAGGGUCUGCUAAACGUCGCACUGCAGAAACUUUACUAAACAAGCAGUCGAGUCGGUCACAUUCUCUCUUUUCCAUUACAAUACAUAUCAAGGAAGCGACACCAGAAGGUGAAGAACUAAUUAAAUGUGGGAAGCUGAAUCUGGUUGAUUUAGCUGGCUCGGAAAAUAUAUCUCGUUCUGGUGCUCGAGAGGGCCGUGCUAGAGAAGCUGGAGAAAUCAACAAAAGUCUACUGACUCUAGGGAGAGUCAUUAAUGCCCUCGUAGAGCAUCUUGGACAUAUUCCGUACAGGGAUAGCAAGCUUACACGGUUACUUCGUGAUUCACUGGGUGGAAGAACCAAGACGUGCAUUAUAGCCACAGUUUCGCCUGCUGUCCAUUGUCUGGAGGAAACCUUAAGUACACUGGAUUACGCACAUAGGGCAAAACAUAUAAAAAAUAAGCCUGAGGUCAACCAAAAAAUGAUGAAGUCAACUCUUAUCAAGGAUCUUUAUGGUGAAAUUGAACGCUUGAAGGCAGAGGUUUAUGCUGCCCGUGAAAAAAAUGGUGUCUAUAUUCCGAAGGAGCGAUACUAUCAGGAGGAGAGUGAAAAGAAGGCUAUGGCAGAUCAGAUUGAGCAAAUGGGGCUUGUGCUAGAAAAUCAUCAGAAGCAUCUUGAGGAAUUGCAAGAUAAAUAUAAUGUCCAAAUUCGGCAAUGCUCUGAUUUGAGCAAUAAACUUGACACCACUGAGAAAAACUUGAAUCAAACCAGCAAGUUGCUUUCUAGCACCGAGGAAGAACUCAAGAAAUGUCAGUAUGCUCUGAAGGAGAAGAAUUUUGUUAUCUCUGAACAGAGAAAAGCAGAAAAUGCACUGGCUCAUCAAGCUUGUGUUUUACGAUCUGACUUGGAGAAAGCUCUCAAUGACAAUGUUUCAUUGUUUUCAAAAAUUGGAAGAGAAGACAAACUGAAUGCUGAUAACAGAUUGGUGGUGAACAAUUUCCAAGUCGAGCUUGCCCAGAAAGUUGGUUCUCUUGGCAACUUGGUGGCAACAUCCAUGUCUGAGCAGAAAGAACACCUUCAGUGUGUUGAGAAUUUUUGUCAUUCUUUUACAGGCAUUCAUGAUAAGGCUGUCAUGGAUGUCAAGAAGAUGCUCACUGCUUUGAGGGCUUUGUAUAUGUCACAUAUUGAGGCAGUGCAAAAUGUUGUGCGCUUGCACAAGGCAAGCUCUAAUGCUGGACUAGAGGAAAUUUCUUCUCUGGCUGCUUCUAAUGCGCAUUGUAUUGAAGAAUUUCUAACAUCAGAGGCCGGUGAAGUGGCUUCCAUAUUCAAUGAGCUUCAGAGUACUCUAUCAACUCAACAAGGAGAAAUGGCAGUUUUUGCAAAGGAACUGCGACAGAGAUUUAAUGUUAGUAUUGAGCAAAUGAGGGGCAUUUCUGAUUACACUCAAGGACUUCUGGAAAAUCUUCUGGAUGAAUCAAAGAGACUUGAAAAUCAUGCAAUGCGAACAGAUGAAGUUCAAAUGAGGAGCAUUGCUGAGUUUCAGAAGGCUUAUGAGGAGCAGUCAAAAUCCGAAGCGGAGAAGCUUAUUGCUGAUGUAACCAAUUUAGUCUCCAAUCACAUUCUUCGUCAAAAAGAGAUGGUCGACACGAGGCUUGUUGAUCUCAGAGAAAGUGCUACUGCAAACAAGACAUUCUUGGAUGGAUAUGUUUCAUCAGUGGAGGGUAUUACAACAGAUGCGAAAAGAAAAUGGCAGGCAUUUUCUACCCAAGUGGAAAAUGAUGCCACAGAUAGUGCUGAUUAUUCUGCUGCAAAACACUGUCGUAUGGAAGUCCUUUUACAGAAAUGUGUAAAUACUGCUGAAUCGGCUUUCAAGCACUUGAAAAAGACACAUGAGGCUGUGAACGAGAUGGGCAAUAAACAUGUUUCGGCUGUGGUGUCACAUAUCAGGAAUGCUUGUGAUAGCAAUGAGCAGCAUGAUGUUGAGAUUAAUUCUGCACGGGUUGCAGCUGAGCAAGAUGUGUCAAAGAAUAGUGAGGAUGUUCUUCAGCAUGUUGAUAUUGUUUCUGAGCAGGAACGAAGACAUAUAUCCGGAAUCUUGGAGACUGUGAAAGCCCAUGCAAAUAGUCUUCAAAUUUUCAGGGAGGAUCACUCUGGCCAGGCAGAAUCUAUUGAAGAGAAUGCACGGGAAACCUUCGGACAGCAGUAUAUGGAUUAUGAGCCUAGUGGCACAACGCCAAUAAGAUGUGAGCCAGACGUUCCAAGUAAGGGAACUAUCGAGUCACUUCGAGCCAUGCCGAUGGAAGCCCUUGUCGAGGAAUUCCGGGAAAACAAUUCAUAUGAAUCAUUUGAUGGAAAGGAAUUGAGACCUUCGCUUAUACCACGCUCACCCCUCAUCCAGCUGAACUAAAACUGUUGGGUUCUUGGCUUAUUUACAUGCAUAAUGGAAUGCAAUAUGUAUUUUAUGUUAUUCAUGUACACUUAUUCUUGCUGUAGCCUGUAUGAGAAUUGUAAGAAUGCAGCAGAGGUAGUAGGAGAGUGUAAUGUUCAUGUCCAGUACAGAUACUGAGUAAAAAUCCUGUCUUGGGAUUUAGCAACUUGUAGCUUGAUAAAGUAAUGUAUAUUGAUGCAAAGCUACAUGAUUAAAAAUUAUUUCUGGAAUACUGUUAAACUGUUUCAGCCAUUUGCUGUGUAUUGGUAGAUCAUUUUUGAUAGUGAAAGAUGAAACUUUGUUUUGCA